AUGGCAAAUAAAACAUUCAAGCAGGCUUCUUCGAUUCACGGUAGGAAUCCCCAGCACCUAAUAGAGAAUGUUAUCAGACAGAGAGUCUACGAGAGCGCUUUUUGGAAAGAGCAAUGUUUUGCUUUAACUGCUGAGACUAUUAUUGACAAGGCCGUUGAAAUGCAGUCCAUUGGCGGUGUCUAUGGUAAUGCUAGACCACUGCCAUUCAUGUGUCUGCUACUCAAACUCCUCCAACUUCAACCAGAGCGCGAAAUCAUCUUUGAGUAUCUCCAAGCAGAGGAGUUCAAGUACUUGAGAGCUCUAGCUGCAAUGUACACGCGGCUGUGCUUCAAGAGCUUUGAAGUGUUUGAUAUUCUCGAACCCUUGCUCCAGGAUUACAGGAAGUUGCGCCUAAGGAAUAACUCUGGAUACCACAUAACCCAUAUGGAUCAAUUCAUCGAUGAGCUGCUUACUGAGGAGCGCGUAUGCGAUAUUAUCCUCCCUAGAUUGACUAGAAGGGAUGUCCUUGAAGAGGUUGAAGGGCUACCCAAGCGCAAAUCACCACUCGAUAUUGGUGAUGAGAAUGAAGACCGUGAGAACGACGAUGAGAGUGAAGACGAAGACGCAGACAGAUUCGUUAGCAAAUCUCCAAGCCCAGCUUCUGAUAAUGACGAACGCUUUGUGUCACGAUCUCCCAGUGGUUCACCUCCACCAGACGACAAAGACCGAUUUGUGUCACGCUCGCCAUCUCCACCAUCCGACAGCUAA